AUGGUGACGGCGAAGCUUGUGCUGUCGUCGGUGGCUCUGGUGCUGAUCGAUCUGCUACGUUCCGGUUCCGGUUUUAACGUGUCGCCACAGCCAAACUAUGUGUUCCGGGAGCCAUCCCUCACCACCUACAUGGACAAAGUCCGCAGUUCGUACUUUGGAUAUUCGCUCAAUCUGCGCCCAGCAGGUGUGGUUGUCGGUGCACCACGAGCACAGUCGGAUCUCCCGGCGCAGCGGAAGGUCAACGAAACCGGUGCCAUCUAUCGGUGUCGCUUCAGCGAUGGCCACUGUGCGCCUUACUACUUCGAUCGGCUCGGCAACACCCAACAGGAGCAAUCGGAUUUUGCCUACAACUCGGAGAAAAAGGACUUCCAAAUGCUGGGCGCCAGCAUUGACGGGCACGGUGCGGACGGCGAUCGGCUCGUGGUGUGUGCCCCGAAAAUGAUCAGCGAGCUGACCGAGUACUACCUUCUGCACGGCAUCUGCUACGUAGUCGAUGGUACCGAAGGUGACGCACCGAAAGACAUCCGGAAGAUUGUGCCCUUGCGGGCGAAAGAAAAACAGUUACACAAGGACGCCCUGGGCCAGUACUAUUACUACAUGUACGGCGAGCAAGGCAUCAGCGUGCACGUGACGGACGACGGCGAAGAGAUUCUGAUCGGAGCGCCCGGGGUGUUCAACUGGCGCGGCACCGUCGUGCGGUACCGGCGGCGUGUGACGGAUGACGCCGGAGGACUCAGUCGGCGCAAUUCGCCUACCGGCAAUCGGCGCCCAACGAACCGCCACAAGCGCCAGAUCGUGAGCUACGUGAGCGACGUGCCGAAUCCGUACUUUAACCGCGUCAAGGACGAUUCGUACUUUGGGUACGCCGUCAGUUCCGGUCGGUUCCUGGGCCCGGACCAGAAGCUCCUGUACGUGGCGAGUGCACCCCAAUCGAACGAACAGGUCGGCGAGGUGUUUAUCUUCGACAUCCUCAACGCAGACUCGGCGUUCGUCGAGACGCAGUUCAGGAUGCACUUUACCUUUCCGGGUCAGCAGCAGGGCGAAUACUUCGGUUACUCGCUGCUUGCCGAGGAUUUCAACGGUGACGGGUUUCCGGAUCUAGCUAUCGGGGCACCGCUGAACAGCCGGACGGGCGAUUACGAGACUGGCGCGGUGUACAUCCACUGGAACGAGGGUCAGCUUAACUUUCAGCUUCAAACGAAGCUAGCCUCAUCGUACGAUCUCGGUGGCCGGUUCGGUACGAGUUUGGCCAAGAUCGGUGACAUCAACAUGGACGGCUACAACGACAUCGCCGUCGGGGCUCCGUUCGAAGGAAAUGGUGUCGUUUACAUUUUCCUCGGUUCCGUCGAUGGGCUGCAAUCGAAGGCGAGUCAACGGUUGACGGCACCGACCAAGGAGCUGAUGUGGCCUGGGAACGCCAUGUUUGGGUACGCGAUCUCGCGCGGAACCGACAUCGACCGGAACGGUUACAAUGAUCUCGCAAUCGGUUCCCCGAACGGUGAAACGGUGUACGUGUACCGCACGUAUCCGGUGGUCCGUAUCGAGGCGGAAGUGUCGUCCACCAAGCGGGAGCUGUCUCUCGAGGACACUUCGUUCGAGCUGACGGUGUGCCUGAGUGCCAGUUUCACUGCGGGCCUCCAGUACCCCGUGCAGCUGGGUUACAGUCUCGCCGUGGAUGCCCAGCUCGGCCGGGUGGCCCUCCUGGGUACCGGUGGUAAGUAUAACAACACUGUCACCCUGCGUGACGCGACCGAGCAGUGCCAGCAGGUCCGAGCAGCCCUCAAAGCGACAGCGGCCAGCAUCUACCGACCGAUCGUGAUGGAGCUGACGUACCACUUGCUCGCCGAACCUCCAACCGAGGCGGACGCAUCGACGUUCUGCACCCACUGUGCCCUACUGGAUCCCACAGUGCCGGCCCAUAUCAUCCGGAAGAUAUCCUUCAAAACCGGCUGCCAAGGUGAAGUGUGCGUCUCCGAUCUGCGACUGUCCGCCCGCUGGCUGGACAUUGCCGGUGGUGACGCUGGAUACGUGCUGGGCAGUACGAAAAAGGCGUCGAUCGAGUUCACGGUGCACAAUGCGGGUGAGAACGCGUACUUACCGCAGCUCAAUGUGUCGCUCACCCCGGCCAGGCUGACCCUAGCGAAGCUCACGUCCGAGUGCCGCCAAACGGUUACGUCCGACGGUGUGAAUGUGUUGUGCGAUCUCAACAACGGGCUGCCACUGAAAGCGUCAUACACCUCGAAGUACACGUUGAUCCUUGAUAUGACGAAGCUGGAAGCUGGUGCGGCGGCUGAGAUCCGGGCCGAAGCACUUAGCUCGAGCGAAGAGUCGGUCCCCGGGGACAAUUUCCAUGAAACGGUUCUACCGCUCAAAGAGUUCAGUGACAUCGAGAUCGUCGGAAAAUCCUCCGUCCCGGAAGUGCAUCUCGAGAAGCAGCGCGGAAUGCUUGCGGUGGAGUAUGAGCUGCAGCUGCACAAUAACGGCCCGAGCGUGUUCCGAAACCUGGCCUUUACGCUCGACGUGCCACUCGUGUACCACAAGCCCAGCUCGGGACAAACGUUUAAGAUCAUCAACUUCAACGACAUCGUAGUGACCGGUUACUAUAGCUACAAGACGCUCGAUUACACCUGGACCCAGAACGACACCGUGCUGUUGCCCAAUCCGAUCGAGCACAGCACGAUCGAACCGCCUCCGGUGGUCAACGUCGAGGAUCUGCACCGUCAGCCGAGUGAUUUCGUACUCAUGUCCGGCGCCGGCGGCGGAUUGUUUAGCGGGUGGACGGGAGAGAACAGUUCGCCACACGAGCAGGACACGAUAUCGUUCCACCGUAGGCGCCGCCGCGAGCUGUCGGCUUCUACGCACACCGCUUCCAACUUCAACCGCUACACGAAUCAACUCUCCCGGCAAUCGGUUCACCCCGCGAGCCGUCUGUCGAGCGUGAUCGAUGCUUCUACGCUGGGGCUGCCGGGCAAUAGGACGCUCCUGUUCAGUUGCAUCGAAGAUGAAGACUCGAUCGCCGAGUGCGCACGGCUUAACAUCGACGUUGAUCUCUUCCGGCCUACCAACGUACCGAUCGUGAUCACGAUCGCCUUUCAAGUCGAUCUGGACGCGAUCGAUGAAGCGUUUCUCGAGCGCGAGGACAUUUUUGCCCUCCUGAUGCUGGGCGACAUUCAACGGGGCGCACACGAGCCGGAAGGGGUGGCCCGGUUCCAGCUGUCGCGCUCCAACCCGUUCACGGUCGUGUAUCGCUACUCCGACACCAGCACACCCGUCUGGGUGUACAUUGUAUCGGGGAUCGGUGGGCUCCUGCUGCUCGUCGCCAUUUCCUACGGACUCUACCGGUUGGGUUUCUUCGAGCGAACCACCAAGGAGGAGAUGGAAAAGCACCAACGAGAGAGCGCUCGUCUGAACGAACCGGAACCGUCUAGUGGUCGGGUGGACAGUGAAACGGAACCCGAGUCGAACAAAACCUUGCCAAACGAGUCCAUGUAAGCGUCCCGCACCAGAGGCGACUGCCGGAUGUUGAACGCAUUUAAUGAAACCAAAACAGUGAGCUCCUCACAACAACCUAUUGCUAUUGAAGGAAGUGCAAAAAGGACUUGCAAACCUUUUCCAUGUGUUCCUCAUAGUGGUAGUUUUGACUCGUAGCUAUAAAAUAAAACUGUACUUUUGUAAGACUACUGCUAAGUAACCUUUGCGAAUAUUUCACAAGAUCAUCACACGUUACAAUCAUGAAAAAGACUUAAAAUGUACCACAAUUCGAUUCAAUUUUUUUGCAACAUAAAUGAUUGUGUGACUGAAGGUUUUCUUGAUUUUAUCCCUUCCUCGCAAAGGCCAAUGUUAGCGAUUUGUUGGUCUCUUGCUCUAGUAUAGUAUUAAGUAGACGAAUGAAGACAUAAGUAACAAGUAAACCUUGAUCAUUUUAAGUUUCUAGAGAAAAGUAGACCAAAACAAUUAGAAGUUCAUCACACCAAGAAGGUAAGCGAUAUCAUCCUUCAGUUAGACCGCAGUGUUUGACUACUGGCCUUUUUGGCGGUCUGGCAGUCACUUGCUGACUUCCCAAUAAACGAUAAUUUAACGUUUGCUCCAGCAAAUUAUUUAUUACCUUCACACCGUUACCAACGACAGGUUGCGUGUUCGAACAUUUGUGUACAUAAUUCAGGAGAAGUCGAAACAACGUCCGGCAACAGAACUACCUCGCCGCUUCACUAAUUGGAACAAAAACACUUACGCUGGUUUUGAAAGUUCCACACGUGGAACGGUUGUUUGAAGAAGAUUUAGAUGAAAAACGGUUGAUUCAUUCAUUUACAUACGCUAGCCUGUAAGCAUUUCAAUUAAUGUACUGUUACGCAAAUAAAAGAAAUGUUCAAAGCAACAUAA